UUCUCGCACAAAUCUCUAAGCUAUCAGUUUAACACGGAGCAUCUAACGUUAAAAAAAAUCCCCGAAUUGUAUCCGUUACGUGCAGUCCAAAGGAAGCCAUGUCAGAACGCACUUAUGCAGCAUUCUUUUAUGGCACGCUAGUGAGAUACUCUUCAAGAGAUGGCUCGGGGAGACUGUGCUGAUGAUUACCAAGAUGGCCCCCGAGGUGUUCUUCACUGUCUGCUAUAGGUCCUCGACAAUAAACGUGGCCUUACUGAAGAGUCUUCACGAGUUCAAGCCUGCCAUAUUACAUAAAUAUUGCCGUCGUCGGGUGAAAAAUGUGGAUUACCCAGGCAUUACACCGGAUGAGGACCACGAGGUCAGGGGAAUGUAUGUGACGGGACUGUCAGACGCAAACAUGUAUCACCUUGACUUCUUCGAAGGGAGCGAGUACGAACGACGGACAGUCAAGGCUCGCUUACUUUCUAAUGUUGGUGACGAUAAGGGGCAUGGUAAUGUUGAGGGCGAAGAGGUCGAAUGCGAAGUGUACGUUUUCAAGGAUACGAGCCAGCUAGAGAAUCGCGAAUGGGACUUUCAAGAAUUUCGAACACAGAAGAUGAAGAACUGGACGCGGGAAGAUUACGGUUUUGAGGAUACCGACCAUCUCGCCCCAAAUGGUGUUGAGGGUGAGGAGAAGGCCGCAGCUGUCUGAUAACGAAGGAUAACCACGAUAUGGGCCAAGGUCUACACCAACCUGCCAUUAUAGCAGCGUAUACUUGCAUUUCUAUCUCAUCGGUAUAGGCUAGUGAGUUGAUUAGGUAGGUAUGCAACGUUACAAGUCGCCCUCCUUUUAACACCUUUAAUUUAUACGUAACUUGAUGCUUCGAAGCCCUUGGUA